CACCCGUUCCACCCAUCCCUCCCUGUCCCUUAUGCUGCCAAGCCACAGAACAUCAGCCCAACUGGUUUAAACAAAACUGUCCAUUGUCUCAGCUGAUGGAGGGGACAAGAGUAAACUCUGCCAGGAGGAACCGCAGCCUCGUUUAUCAUAAAGUGUAUGUUUUGUCUGCUCUGUUGACCAUCUUGACUCAUAGGCCAGGGAACAAGGCUGCUGUUUAUUGGACCCUGUCACACCAAAUACUUGGAACAGGAUGGAAGUCAUGCUUUCAGCCUCCAUGACGUGCCAUACUUCCUGGGUCCUCCUCUGUCCCUGGAGUCACCUCCACAGUGACCUCAGCAGCCUGUGUUCUGCUGCCUCCUUAUCUCCUUCCUAAUCAUAGUCCUGCAAGUCCUCAGGGAGGCUUAUCCAGGAAAACAGUCUGAUAGCAAUCGCUCUGCACCCUCUAGGGGCCAGGACCUUGGGGCUACCAGCUCUGGGUCUAAGCACUGUAACUUGAAUUUCAAGUUGGGGACUGCAGGUUUCUCAGUGCUCGUGAAACAUGUUCAUCUAGCUGUUCUGUAGGAGGGGAGGCCUUCCCCAGUUGUAGAAUCCAAAACUUGCCUGCAUGGUGCUAUUUCAUGGUGGGAAGCUGGCCACUAACAAGAAUACCCUGCCUGGCCUUAUUUAGAAAAAAAGAACUGGAGUUCUCUGGUGGUGCAGCAGGUUGAAGACCUGGUGGCAUUGUCAUUGCAUUGGCUCAGGUCGCUGCUGUGGUAGGAUCCCUGACACAGGAACUUCCACGUGCUGCCAGUGUGGCCAAAAAAAAGAAAAAGAACUUACGGGGCUGCAUUUUUGUCCCAGAUGAGAAGGGACAAAAUUGUCCCAAAGAAAAAGAACUUAUGGGGCUGCAUUUUUGUCCCAGAAGUCAAAGUUCAUUCUGCUCUUGUAUUUUGGCCUUGGCCUCAGGAAAGCAAAGGACGGUGGACAUGUCAGGAUCCUUAAACCGUGUGCAUUAGUUUGUGAGGCUGCUGCAGACCCAGACAACACAGGCUUCCAGGUGAUGAGAGUUCCCUUGGGCAGGUGGGGCUCCUCAGCCUUGUGUCAGGGUCAUGACCUCUGCUCAGCCCUCGCCUGUCAGGGGAGAGAGGGCUCCUCGCUCCCAAGCACAAUUCAGGCUCAGCACGUGUCCCUUCCCAUCUGUAUUUUAGCUCAGGUCUCUACUCACCACUCAGCCACUCCUAACUGCGCGAGAGGAGGGGAAACUUGCGUGGAGGAAAUUCUGUCACUGCAAGAGAGGAAAACACUGGGGAGUCAACCUUUAUGUGCCUCUACUGCCCCAUGGUUAUGCCAUGACUUUUGUCCCAGGGAAAACAAGAAAAAAAAUGGAAUGUCUAGCAUUACAUAGAAAGGACUCAGGAAGCACACUUUGGUUCACUUUUCAGAGAGAAUCAGGUUCACGUUCAGCAUCAUAAAUCAGCUAUAUUUAGUAGAACCUAUUAUCCCACAUCGUAAGAGAAUGGCCCCUAAAUGGGCUGAUGGGUGAAGAUACCUGUGUUUCCUGAAAGGGCCUUGCAGGAGAGGCUGGUUCAAUGCACGACUUGAAAGGAACAGUCAUUUAGUAGCUGAAGUUCCUCAGAACAACAGACAGUCCUGGCCAACUCCCCUCCCCAGGGAAACUGUGGACUUGGACCUAGAUGUUUGAUGGAGGCCACCCAUUCAAGCAGGAGAGACCAGGGACUACCACCACCAGGGGAAACUGACUCACAGGCCUGGCGUGUUUUGGAAAGUCUCUCCAAGGCAUUUGGAGACUCACAGCCUGUUAGGGGUUGAAUUGCUUCCCCCUUUAAAUCCCAGUGUUCAAGUCUGAAUGCCCACCACCUCAGAGUGUCACCAGAUUUGGAGAUAGGGACACUGCAGAGGUAAUCAAGUCUAAAGGAGGUCAUGUGGGUGAGCCCUAACCCAGUAUGACUGGGGUCCUUAAGAAGGGACGUUUGGGCAGGGGUGCACACAGGGAGAGGGCCAGGUGAAGGUGGGGGCAGAGGUGGGGCAAUGCAUUUGCAAGUCAAGGGAUAAUGAGGAUUGCCUGCAGCCCCUGAAAGUCCAGCACAGAUUGUCCCCCCAGCGCUCCCCACCUGUUGAUAUUGGACUUGUAGCCCCCAGAACGAGGGGAUAAUAGAUUUUGCACAGUCUGCCGUCCUUCCUUGUGGCUCCAGCCUGUCAUACAUCCCCAUGUAUUCCCUCAUGAGGGUCACAGUAAUGGCGAGGACCCUGUCACCUGCCACAGGUAACAGGGUGUGUUCAUGUCACCUCUCUCAGGUCUGCCGGCCUCGGGCAUGUGCACGGCCCCCUUUAAAGUGACACCCUCCACACAUGGCUGGCAGAGUGCUGAAUUGUCACACUGAGUUGGCCCCGAUGGCCUUCAAUUACAUCAGAUGACUUCCAGGCCACUACCUCACCCCAUAUCUGUGCAACAAGAUGAAUUGUUUCUUCCACUGCUGUCAAAUUGAAUGAGAAUCUCUGAAGCCUCUUUGUUUUCUGAAUGUGAAUAGGUCCACUCUUCCAGCCCUGUCUUCCCAUGGGGUGGGGGGCGGUGCAGACAAGCACUUUGCAGAGGGAUAUUUAAUGUGACCAGCUGAGGGCCUUGGUGAGACCUCCUCUUCCACUUUCCUUUGAGGUUCAGGAGAAUUGCGGAGGCCCCAGAACUGCAGCCCAAUGGAUCCUAAACUAGGAAGAAUGCGGACAAGGGCAGAGCAACCUCUGUAAAACAAUCACCUGGGACUCUAGAAGACUUGGGUGUCAUCUGUCCUUGCCUUCCUGCUGCUGCUGGACUGGGGCAUGUUCUCCCCACCUCCCCCGCCGCCCGGGGUUCUGGGGAAGGUCUUCCAGUACAUUGAUGUCCACCAGGAUGAGUUUGUGCAGACCCUGAAGGAGUGGGUAGCUGUUGAGAGUGACUCAGUUCAGCCUGUGCCCCGCCUCCGGCAAGAGUUGCUCAGGAUGAUGGCCCUGGCUGAAGAACGGCUCCGGAGCCUGGGAGCCCAUGUGGAUGCCGUGAACAUGGGGUCUCAGAAGCUGCCCGAUGGCCAGACUCUCCCCAUACCACCCAUCAUCCUGGCCGAACUGGGAAACAAUCCUGAGAAACCCACAGUUUGCUUCUAUGGCCACUUGGAUGUGCAGCCUGCCAGACAGGCAGAUGGGUGGCGCACAGACCCCUACACGCUUACGGAAGUGGAUGGAAAGCUUUAUGGCCGAGGAACAACAGACAACAAAGGCCCUGUUUUAGCGUGGAUCAAUGCUGUGAGCACAUUCAGAGCUCUGGAUGAGGAUCUCCCUGUGAACAUCAAAUUCGUCAUUGAAGGGAUGGAAGAGGCCGGUUCUCUUGCCCUGGAGGAGCUCGUCAAGAAGGAAAAGACUGGGUUCUUUUCUAAUGUAGACUACAUCGUGAUUUCAGAUAACCUCUGGAUCAGCCAGAGCAAGCCAGCACUCACUUAUGGCACACGAGGCAACAGCUACUUCAUGGUGGAGGUGAAAUGCAGAGAUCAAGAUUUUCACUCGGGGACCUUUGGUGGGAUCCUUAAUGAACCCAUGGCGGACCUGGUUGCUCUUCUCGGCAGCCUGGUAGAUUCGUCUGGUCGCAUUCUGAUCCCUGGAAUCUAUGACCACGUGGCUCCUCUUACAGAAGAGGAAAGAAAAAUGUAUGAAGCCAUUGACCUGGACCUCGAAGAGUACCGGCACAGCAGCCAGAUGCAGAAAUUUCUGUUUGACACCAAGGAGGAACUUCUAAUGCACCUGUGGAGGUUCCCGUCUCUCUCCAUUCAUGGGAUUGAGGGUGCGUUUGAUGAGCCUGGAGCCAAAACCGUCAUACCUGGCCGAGUUAUAGGAAAGUUUUCUAUCCGUUUGGUCCCUCACAUGAAUAUGUCUGUGGUGGAAAAGCAGGUGAAGCAACACCUUGAAUCUACAUUCUCCAAAAGAAAUAGCUCCAACCAGAUGACCAUUUCCAUGACACUGGGACUACACCCAUGGAUUGCAAACAUUAGAGAUAAUCAGUAUCUUGCUGCAAAGAGAGCCAUCAAAACAGUGUUUGGGACUGAGCCAGAUAUGAUCCGGGAUGGAUCGACCAUACCCAUUGCCCAGAUAUUCCAGGCCACCAUCCAGAAGAGUGUGAUGAUGCUCCCCUUGGGCGCCGUUGAUGAUGGCGAGCACUCUCAGAAUGAGAAAAUCAACAGGUGGAACUACAUAGAGGGCUCUAAAGUAUUUGCUGCCUUCUUCCUAGAGAUGGCUAAGCUGCAUUAAUCAUGGCAGGAACCUUCCGCCGGGAUCUGAUCUGCUGACAGGUUCCUUCUCCCACAACCCUGGGCAGGAGCAGAAGAAAUUUUGGUCUGAAAAUAAUGUUUUCCCUCUCAUUUAAAAUGUCCUUGGUUGUGAGUCCAUGCCUCACCUGGAGCACCAAAAAAAAAAAAAAUGUCCUUGGAGGAGUUCCUGUUGUGGUGCAGCA